AUGGUAAAGGAAACAGAGUAUUAUGAUAUUUUAGGUAUCAAACCUGAGGCUACAGCUACAGAAAUUAAAAAGGCCUACCGUAGGAAGGCCAUGGAAACGCAUCCGGAUAAGCAUCCAGACGAUCCGGAUGCUCAGGCGAAGUUCCAAGCGGUGGGUGAAGCAUACCAAGUCUUGAGUGAUCAAGGGCUCCGCUCCAAGUACGACGAAUUCGGUAAGGAGGAUGCAGUUCCACAGCAAGGGUUUGAGGACGCUUCUGAAUACUUCACUGCGAUAUUCGGGGGUGAUGGUUUUAAAGAUUGGAUUGGGGAAUUCUCUUUAUUUAAGGAGCUGGGCGAGGCCACAGAAAUGUUUGAGAAGGAAGGCGAGGAGGGCACUGCUGCUACUGAUACCGACAAGGGAGGCGAGACCUCCGAUGGUGGUAUGAUUAGACACGAUGGCAAUAGGGCUGAACACCUAAGGAAGGAUAGACUAUCCAGAGAGCAAAGAAAGAAACUUUUGGAAAUGGAAAAGAAAAGACGUGAAGAUAUGAUGAAGCAAGUCGAUGAAUUAGCUGAGAAACUGAACGAAAAAAUUACCAGGUAUUUAAUCGCCGUCAAGGCUAACAACUUGGAGGAAUUUACAAGGAAACUGGAUCAAGAAAUUGAGGAGUUGAAACUAGAAAGUUUUGGUUUAGAGUUGUUGUACUUGUUGGCCAGGGUUUACAAGACCAAGGCAAAUAAUUUUAUCAUGUCCAAGAAGACUUACGGGUUUUCCAAGCUUUUCACAGGUACUCGAGACAAUGCCAGAUCUGUCAAAUCAGCAUACAAUUUGUUAUCAACAGGACUGGAAGCCCAAAAAGCCAUGGAAAAGAUGAACGAAGUUAAUCCGGAUGAGCUUGACCAAUACGAACGUGCCAAAUUUGAAUCCACACUGGCCGGUAAGGCUCUAGGUGUCAUGUGGGCCAUGUCCAAAUUCGAACUUGAAAGAAAACUAAAAGACGUUUGUAAUCAAAUCCUAAAUGAUAGAAGAGUGUCUUCUAAGGAGCGUCUCGCAAAGGCAAAGGCAAUGCUAUUCAUCGCUAACAAGUUUGCCGGCGCCAGAAGAUCACCAGAGGAAGCCGAGGAAGCCAGGGUGUUUGAAGAGUUGAUUCUUGGUGAACAAGAGAAGGAACACAAGAAACACAGUGUGAUCAGAUGA